UCCUCUUCCUGCGGCUCCUCUCGCUGCCAGUCCCCCGCGCGCCACCAUGUCGAUGGCUGUGGCCUCGCUCCGCUUCCUCGCGCGCCGCCGGCACCACCUCCGGCUCACCGGGGUCCCCGGCGCGCGCGCCGCAUUCCUCUCCGACGCGGCCGAGGACCUCCCGCGGGCAGGCCCAACGCCGCCGCCGCCGGGGCGGAAGGUGCUGGAGAGCUUCCGCGAGGAGUUCGAGAUCGGGGGCCGCCUCAUCGCCUUCGAGACCGGCAAGGUGGCGCGCUUCGCCAACGGCUCCGUCGUCAUCUCCAUGGAGGACACCAACGUCCUCGCCACCGUCGCCGCCGCAAAGUCCUCCGACCCUGUCCGGGACUUUCUCCCUCUAACCGUUGAUUAUCAAGAAAAGCAGUUCGCUCAAGGUGUUAUUCCCACAACUUAUAUGCGCAGGGAAGGUGCCCCUAAGGAAAGAGAACUUUUGUGUGGGCGCAUAAUCGAUCGACCAAUACGGCCAUUGUUUCCUCGUGGCUUUUACCAUGAUGUCCAGAUCACGGUAAAUGUUCUUUCAUCAGACGGAAAGCAGGACCCCGAUGUUAUGGCUGCAAAUGCAUCUUCAGCUGCACUUAUGCUAUCUGAUGUACCUUGGAAUGGGCCAAUUGGAGUAAUACGGGUUGGCAGAAUUGAUGGGAAUUUUGUGUUGAACCCAACAGUGGACGAGUUAGGGUUGAGUGAUCUCAACCUAGUUUAUGCAUGUUCACGGGACAAAACAUUAAUGAUCGAUGUACAAGCUCGUGAGAUAACUGAAAGGGAUCUUCAGGCAGGAAUGAAGCUUGCACACUCUGAGGCAGUUAAGUGUAUCGACCCUCAAAUUAGAUUGGCUAAGCGAGCUGGCAAAGAGAAAAAGGAAUACAAGCUUUCGAUGAUUUCAGAUGAAUCCUACGAGAAAAUAAGAACAUUAUCAGAGGCACCAAUUGAGGAAGUCUUCACAGAUAAAACCUAUGGCAAGUUUGAGCGUGGAGAAGCCUUGCAGAACAUCACAGAAUCUGUAAAAGCAAAGCUUGAAGAAGAAUGUGAUGAGGAAAGCUUGAAGUUUCUUCCGAAGGCAGUUGACACUGUGAGAAAGCAGGUCAUACGCAAUAGAAUAAUUAAGGAAGGUCUUAGAGUCGAUGGUAGGCAACUUGAUGAGGUGCGGCCAUUGUUCUGCGAAUCCAGCACAUAUCCAAUAUUGCAUGGUUCUGCACUAUUUUCACGUGGAGAUACUCAGGUUUUAUGUACAGUUACCCUUGGAGCUCCUGGUGAUGCUCAGCGAUUGGAUUCAAUUGUUGGCCCUCCAACAAAGCGUUUCAUGCUUCAUUACAGCUUUCCACCAUUUUCGAUAAAUGAAGUUGCCAAACGUGGGGGUUUGAAUCGCCGUGAAGUUGGCCAUGGCACUCUUGCCGAGAAAGCCUUACUUGCUGUGCUUCCUCCGGAAGACGACUUUCCAUAUACUGUUCGGAUAAAUUCAGAAGUCAUGGCUUCUGAUGGUUCAACAUCAAUGGCGUCAGUAUGUGGAGGAAGCAUGGCUUUAAUGGAUGCUGGGAUACCUGUAAGGGAACAUGUUGCUGGUGUUUCAGUUGGUCUCGUCAGUGAAUCUGACCCAGCGACUGGAGAUAUUUCGAACUACCGUAUAUUAACAGAUAUUUUAGGUCUUGAAGAUCACCUGGGUGACAUGGAUUUCAAAAUUGCAGGAACAAGGAGAGGUAUUACUGCUAUUCAGCUGGAUAUAAAACCUGCUGGAAUACCAUUGGACAUAGUAUGUGAAAGUUUGGAGCCUGCACGAAAGGCUCGUAAUCAAAUCCUUGACCGCAUGGACCAGGAAAUCAGUUCUGCUCGUGCUAUCAAUGAUGGAAGUGGUCCUCGAUUAGCCACACUGAGCUUCAGCAGUGAUUCUCUUAGGAAGUUGCUUUUCCACAGGAAAAAGAUUGAGAAAGACACAGGUGCGCGUGUAUCUGUUAGUGAUGGUACUGUCACUAUUGUUGCUAAAACUCAGCCAAUUAUGGAUAAGGCUCUUGAGAAGGUUGAAUUUCUUGUGGGCCGUGAAAUUGAAGUUGGCAGGACAUACAAAGGAAUUGUUUCCUCAAUAAAGGAGUAUGGCGCUUUUGUGGAAUUCAAUGGUGGGCAGCAAGGUCUUCUUCACAUUUCUGAGCUGUCACAUGAACCGGUUUCAAAAGUUUCAGAUAUUGUUUCUGUUGGCCAAGUGCUCUCAUUGACGUGCAUUGGUCAGGACGUGAGGGGUAAUAUUAAACUUUCACUGAAAGCAACCCUACCCCAUAGGCAUAAAAAGGAGUUAGCAAGUCAGGAUACUGCUCCUUUGGCAAAUCAAGACCUUGUUGGUUGGGCAGCUGUGGAAAACAUGGCGAGCAAGGAUUCUGAUAUUGAGCAAUCGAAUAGCAAAGAUGAAGACAGCACAACUGAGGAGACGCCUGCAUUUUCUAGUCCUGCAGUCAUAAUUCGCAGUGCUGCUGACUGUGAUGCUCAAGAUGUUGCAGAUGCUCCUACUAAGAAACAAUCGAAGGCUGCAAGUUCAAAGGCUGCAAAGUCAUCUCCUAGAGUAUAUAAAGCAGCCAAAGAACGGCAGGAGGCAAAGCCAGCUUCCCCUAAGAAAGCAUCAAGUACAUCAACCGCCAAGAAAAAUAAGAAAGUGAAGGCUGAUGAUUCUGGAAGUAAUGGGCUCGAUGCAAUUCCAGAACAAGACAUAAGCAAUACCCUGAAGUGUUCGACUUCCACAAACUUCAGAUCAGGUUCUAUGAAGCUUGGGGACGUAGUUACAGUAAAGGUCUACCAGAUACGGGCCUAUGGAUUAGUACUUGAGCUGAGUGAUGGAGUUCGUGGAAUGCAUAAAUUUGUGGAAAAUGGCCGAAAAGAUUUUGAGGUCGGAGAGGAAGUGCUUGCAAAAUGCUCAAGCUUCAACGCCAAGGGUGUCCCAGUCUUCUCAUUGCUAGAUUAGUACCAUUUUGAUGCGGCUAAUUUACUCUUCAUUAGAGGUCUAUAGAGGUAAGACACUUGUAAAUGCGUAGCAGUUAAUCGACCAACUUGAUGAACAUGAAAGAAGCGAAGCAGCGCCAAUUUCCCCAAGUUUUGUGCUUUUGCAGCUGCUGCGAACAUUUUGCGCCUGCAUUUCCCCCCUUUUUGCAAUGCAAGGAGGGGGAAAGUUCCAUCCUGUGAUUAGGAUGAAAACGUACGAACACU